UCAUUGAUCUGCAACCUGUUUUAGUUCCAAAAAGCUUCAGCUACAUCGAAGAACGAGUUUGAUUCUCCAUAGAUGGUAUCAGAUUAAUAGCAGCUUCCUCUUUGUUGUAAAACUUUGGUUUCUUAGCAUCUUCCCUUCCAUUGUGUUUACAAAAGUUAGCUGUCAUUUAAACAGCAGGACGACUCAUGGAUCAACAACAACAAGGUGAUAAGAAUCUGACAGUGUUCGUAGGACCCUGGGGAGGAAAUGGAGGAACCACUUGGGAUGAUGGGAUUUAUGAUGGUGUCCGUGAGAUCAGACUUGUUUAUGACCAUUGCAUUGACUCCAUCUCGGUGAUCUACGAUAAGAAUGGUAAACCCGCAAAGUCAGAGAAGCAUGGAGGUGUGGGAGGCAACAAAACAUCAGAGAUAAAGCUGCAAUACCCAGAGGAGUAUCUGACUGGCGUGAGUGGCUACUACUGUCCAAUGGUUAACAGUGGCACUCCUGUAAUCAGAUCAAUGACCUUCAAGAGCAAUAAACAAGUGUAUGGACCUUAUGGAGUUGAACAGGGAACACCCUUCACUUUCUCAGUCAAUGGGGGACGCAUUGUUGGUAUGAACGGUAGGAGUGGCUGGUACCUUGACUCCAUCGGCUUCCAUCUAUCACGCCCUAAAUCAACCAAGAUGAUCAACAAGCUCCGAAAGAAGAUUCACUGGCUCACAAGGAUAGUAGCAUGAUUUAAGCCCUUUGCAUAGAAUGUAAAACUAUACUCUACAAAUAAGGAUGUUAGAUGUAUCUUAGUCCAUGAGACCAAAAGUGACUGAGCAAAACACUCU